AAACUUUUGCGCACUGUAACACUCACGGCACCUUUGAGUCUUUGCUUUCACACUUGAUUGAACCUUACCUUCUGUCCCUGUAAUCUACCCUCCACAUUUGGUGUCGCUUCGCUCGCGCUCGCUCUCGUUCUCGCUUUUAGACUCUCUCUUUCUCGUACUUCUUUAAUAACACACCCAGAUCCCUUCGUAUCGUAAUCUUGAUCCUCCUUCUCCUUCUCCUUCUCCUUUGGUCAUUUUUACUCUCCAUCCCACUACUACUGGCGGUUGUUGAUCUCGACAGACCUCAUCCUUUCUCACUCCGCCCAAACAUUUUUCCGCCACUACGCUAGAUAACUCGACUCCAAACCACCACCCGCUCAACCUCUGGCCCUCCUCGUCAAUAUACUUUGAGUACGACUACGCUCUGCGCAGGACCGCCAAUCUACAAAAUCCAACUUUUGUGACCCUGUUGGCCGAAAACAGCGAAUUUAUUGUACAUCUGUACGGAGUCUAGACAAUGGGAGCGCAGCGGUAGACAAUCUCGUUGCACUCCGGACUCGUUCCAUUUGCGCAUGACUUAGGCAAUGGACUAUUCUACCCUCCACUCCUCCAACGAAGCAAGAUCAAAUCCUCUCACACAACGACAACAUAUCCUACCGACCCAUCGAUCGUAACAUUUGACACCGGCCGCAUAUAUCACUUAUCCCAUCUUUUUGUCCUCAUAAGAAUCGUCUUCCGUCCGACGACCCAAAAUGUGCAUAUAUUACACAUAUCAUUGGAAUUGCUGCCCAGGGACGGCAAGACCAGCUCCAUAUUAUUUGCAUGAAAUGUGCGACAAAGCCACUGCUCCGAAACCAGCGACCAGAGCCGACAGACUGCUCAAGAAAUGUAAAGUGGUCCAUGAGAUUCUCGACGGCGCCGAAGCCGAGAACCCUUGCCCUCGGUGUGGGUACGUCGUCCCCACCCCUCACCUGACAACAAUAGCUGACAUGCAAAUACUAGGACCAAGCCUGAAAACUGUGAUCAAGUAUCACCAUCUGACGACAAUUGACGAACUUUUGCUUGAGAAUUCAUGGUGAAUUUGGGGUCCUGGACAUGGACAAAAUUUGUAUCAAAUAAGUGGUGUUUGAGCGUUUGGAUGGCACCAUAAUGAGUGUGGAAAUUAAUUGUUUCGGAAGAUCUGCAUGUCAUUUUGGCACAGGUUUAGCUGUUUAUUGGGGUGAGGAUGUGAGCUCGUCCUUGAUGAGCUUUUUAAUGCCAGCGUUGAGACCGUCAAUUUCUCCCGCCCAGGCAUCACCGCUUCCUGCCCAUCUGAUCUUGCAGGAAGGGUCGACGAGAUAGACGUAUCCGACCUGGGAAUUGAGAAGACCUAUGGCGUCUCGAAUUUCAUCAGUCAAACCUCGGCGGAUAUCGCGGGGGAGCUUGAUCAUGAAGUAUUUGUCCCACCGCUCCUUCGGAAUCAUUCGUCUGAGUCGAUACUUGAAGAGCCAGACUAGCCAAGACCGUGCAAUAUCGCCUUGUAGAUUGAUGUCAAUCCUCUGGACCAUUCCAUCACUGUUUUCGAGGAGCUUGUUCAGUUGUGGAUUCUCCUUUGCUCCAACAAAUGACUCGACUUGCUCCGUAGCCCACUCGUUUGCCUGGAAGCAAAC